GGCCGCGCGAGCGGGUCAUAAGAAACUGCGCGUGCGACCGGCUGCCGUGUCGCGUGUGUCGAUAUGCAGUGAGUGUGUUAAACAGCUGAAGGAAACAUGAGGCUGUCACUGCACAUCGCUGUGCUGGUACUGGCAGUGUACCACAGCUGCCAGGCCGCGCGCCCCGCCCGGGCCAUAGCAAGCUACUCAAACCAAAACUACGCGGUCCUCGGAGACCCCAUCCGACCCGACCUAGACGAAGAUGGAUACUUCUACCCGGCGCCCUCAAUACCCUUUAAAGAGCAGUACAUCCCGCCUCCAAGUCAGCCUCCUCCUCCUUUUAUCCCCACCUUACCACCCCAAGCUCCUCCUUUCAGCAUCAACGUAGAGCGCCCAAAUUUACCGAAAAACAUAGUACCUAUCCAAAAUCAACCGAACCCUUACCAGCCACCUUCUAUCCCUACGUUACCACCCCAAGCUACUCCUUUCAGCAUUAACGUAGAGCGCCCAAAUUUACCAAAAAACAUAGUACCUAUCCAAAAUCAACCGAACCCUUACCAGCCGCCUUCUAUCCCAACUUUACCACCCCAAGCUCCUCCUUUCAGCAUUAACGUAGAGCGCCCAAAUUUACCGAAAAACAUAGUACCUAUCCAAAAUCAACCGAACCUUUACCAGCCACCUUCUAUCCCAACCUUACCACCCCAAGCCCCUCCUUUCAGCAUCAACGUAGAGCGCCCAAAUUUACCAAAAAACAUAGUACCUAUCCAAAAUCAACCGAACCCUUACCAGCCACCUUCUAUCCCAACUUUACCACCCCAAGGACCUCCUUCCAGUACCAGUAUCGUAGAGCGCCCAAGAUUACCAAUAAACAUACCAUCAAUUCAACCUCCACCAAAGCCUGUCCAGCCGCUUCCUCCUUCCAUUCCAACUUUACCACCCCUUACCCCCCUUUCUCCAAAACAGCCCUAUUCACCUGCUACCGAGGAUGGCUACGUGUAUGAACGCCCAAAUAAACCGUUCACCAUAACGACUAAACCACCGACGUCUCCACGUCUGAUAAGGACUCCACCUCCGCCACCACCGCCUGUAAUAAGAUACUCUGAAACGCCGGGAUACAGUUACCCACCCCCAAGCAUUCCCUUCACAUACCCCACGACGCCUCGGACGACACCACGACCCCCGCCAACCACCACUACAACUAGACGACCUCCUACAACUCCGCGACCUACGCCACCUCCGACAACCAGACCUCCAGUAUAUUCAACAAUAAAAGAUCUGUUCACAUCGACCGGUUAUACUUAUACGACGCCUAAAAUUCCAUUCACGUAUCCAACUCCACCGCCUACCAGGGCAACACCACCACCUACCAGGUAUACACCUCCACCUACCAGGGCUACACCUCCACCUACCAGGGCUACACCUCCGCCUACCAGGGCUACACCUCCGCCUACCAGGGCUACACCUCCGCCUACCAGAGCUACACCUCCGCCUACCAGAGCUACACCACCGCCUACCAGGGCUACAUUCAGAACAACUGGAUACAGUUACCCAACCCCAAGCAUUCCUUUUACAUACCCCACAACGCCUCGGACGACACCACGACCCCCUCCAACCACCACUACAACCAGACGCCCCAUUACAACUCCUCGGCCAACACCACCCCCGACAACUAGACCUCCAGUAUAUUCAACAAUAAAAGAUCUGUUCACAUCGACCGGUUAUACUUAUACGACGCCUAAAAUUCCAUUCACGUAUCCAACUCCACCGCCUACCAGGGCUACACCACCGCCUACCAGGGCUACACCUCCACCUACCAGGUAUACACCACCGCCUACCAGGGCUACACCACCGCCUACCAGGGCUACACCACCGCCUACCAGGUAUACACCUCCACCUACCAGGGCUACACCUCCACCUACCAGGUAUACACCUCCGCCUACCAGGGCUACACCACCGCCUACCAGGGCUACAUUCAGAACAACUGGAUACAGUUACCCAACCCCAAGCAUUCCUUUCACAUACCCCACAACGCCUCGGACGACGCCACGACCCCCUCCAACCACAACUACAACCAGACGCCCCAUUACAACUCCUCGGCCAACACCACCCCCGACAACUAGACCUCCAGUUUAUACAACAAUAAGAAAUCAGUUCCAAACGACGGGUUACACUUAUCCGACGCCUAAAAUUCCAUUCACGUAUCCAACUCCACCACCAACGAGACGUACUCCACCACCUACACCUCCGCCAACAAGACCUCCCCCUCCUAGAACCCCACCUCCAACAAGACCUCCUCCUCCUAGGACCCCGCCACCAACUUAUUUACCUCCCUCUACAACCAGAAGAACCCCACCUCCACCACCUCCACCCACUAGACCACCGACAUUCAAAACCCCAGCUACAUACCUACCCCCACCGCCACCAACAAGACCUCCCCCUCCUAGAACUCCACCGCCAACUUAUUUACCUCCCUCUACAACAAGGAGAACUCCACCUCCUCCACCUCCUCCACCACCCCCCACUAGACCACCGACAUUCAGAACUCCAGCUACAUCUCUACCCCCGCCACCACCAACAAGACCUCCCCCUCCCAGAACCCCACCCCCAACUUAUUUACCUCCCUCUACAACCAGGAGGACUCCACCUCCUCCACCUCCUCCACCACCCCCCACUAGACCACCAACAUUCAGAACCCCAGCUACAUCUCUACCUCCACCACCACCAACAAGACCUCCCCCUCCUAGGACCCCGCCACCAACUUAUUUACCUCCCACUACAACCAGAAGAACCCCACCUCCUCCGCCUCCCCCUACUAGGCCACCAACAUUCAGAACCCCAGCUACAUCUCUACCUCCACCACCACCAACAAGACCUCCCCCUCCUAGGACCCCGCCACCAACUUAUUUACCUCCCACUACAACCAGAAGAACCCCACCUCCUCCGCCUCCCCCUACUAGGCCACCAACAUUCAGAACCCCAGCUACAUACCUACCUCCGCCACCACCAACAAGGCCUCCCCCUCCAAGAACCCCACCCCCAACUUACUUACCUCCCUCUACAACCAGGAGGACUCCACCUCCUCCACCUCCCCCCACGAGGCCACCGACAUUUAGAACACCAGCCACAUAUCUACCCCCACCUCCACCAACGAAACCCCCAGUAUACAUCCCGCCUCCAACAACUAGACCCCCUGUAUAUAUCCCACCCCCAACAACUAGACCCCCUGUAUACAUCCCACCCCCAACAACAAGACCCCCAGUGUACAUCCCACCUCCCACGACUAGACCACCGUUCGUCGAAAAAGAGGGAUAUUUCUACGAUCGACCACUCGUACCUUUUGUCUUUUAACCUAGAUUAAUAAAUGUACUAUAUUAAUAAGCUGC